AUUCCCAGCGCAGGCAUUUCCUUAUAAAGAUUUAUAACCUUCCUGUGCUAUACACUAAGACCAGUCUCUCUUUCUUGUCUUUCUUUCUUUAUACUUCAAGCACUUCUUCCUUUUCGCAUCUCACACCCUCCACCCAACAGUCUCUUCCGCCGCCUCAUCUGCGACCGGCACACACUCACUAUGGUCCGCAACAUGCGCGUCGCCCUCCUGCAAGCCCUCAUCUUCAGCACGACCAUCACUGCCCUAACGAUCCCAACUUUGGACCAUGGCGAAAACGGGGUCAACGAGCUCGAGGCCACCAAUGAGCUUCCCGGAGAUCCUUCUAGCUUCUCUCCAAUCACUUACGUUUCAAAGCUUCUCACUCGUCAGGAUGGCGAGAACGGUUGCGACUGCCGGAAGAGGGGUUGCACGCAGAACCGGAUCUCCGACCCGCAGAACUGCAGGAAGUGCAUCAAGUGCAAGCGGACGGAGCGACCGAGCUCAGAUGGGAAGACGUGUGUAGAGAAAUACGAUAAGCGAAUCGAAUCCACCCGACAAGACAUGCAGAAGAAGUUCGACAGCAACAUCGAAGACGUCCGUCAGCGACAGAUCUACCGUUUUGACCGCUGCAUCGCGCUGUCCGCCGUGGCGCUGGGCCGCGAAAAGGGCCUCAAGUACCUCGAUGCCUUCUUCACUGAGAGGCUUCUUUCCUCCGACGAUGUCCUGCCGUACUACCGCAACGUGUCGAACAUGGACAUCGACUACGAGGGCUCGCGCGACGGCAACGACGACAGGUUGGAGGACGAGAAGUUCAUCGACAAUUACAUCAAGGUGGGCUUCGGCGAGACGGGUGCGAAUAAGGCGCGUGGUGUCGUCGUCCGCCAAGAGCAGCAGCAGCAGAGGCAGGGGUUCAUGAGGGUGAGGGAGUACUAUGGUAGGGUUGGUGUUAUCCUCAAGGACACUCUUAAGGAUGCCGAUCCGGACGUCAAGGACCAGGUCGAUAGGAACUUGUACAGGAUUGCGGGCAACAACGAUGGCAAGCCUGAGGAGGAGCAGAAGAAGGCAUUGGACGACUUGAUCAAGGAGAAGAACUUCGUGAACUGUAUCUUCGGGAGGGAGGCAGAGGCAUGAGCGCGGCGCUGAUGCUGGCUGCUGAGUCCAUUUUGUCGACGGGCAUGUUUGCUCUUUUCGUUUACUUUUAACCAUAUUCACCUGAGAUGUAUUUUGUAGAACAUUUGUAGGGGCUGUUUCUGUUUGGGCGUCUUUAUACCAUUUGAUAUGAGAAGAUUCCUGGUUUUGUUCAAACGCAUCGCCAUUUCGUGCUGUUCGACAUUCAUGGGUGUGAAUUUGUGGGUAGCUGUUUGUGGAGAAAAGUAACAUCGUCGAAGUAAUAUUA